AUGGCUUUUAAUCUCAUGCUCUUUCUCUUGGUUGCUUUCUCUGCGUGCUGCAGCUUGGACUGCAACAAGGCCACGGCCGUGGCUCGGCCAUUAGCCUCAGCCUCGAACCUUACGGUUCGCUUGAAAUUAGAUGAAGAGUCAUCGAGUUGCUGGGACUCUUUGAUUCAGCUCCAAGCAUGCACCGGGGAGAUCAUUCUUUUUUUCCUCAACGGAGAGACUCAACUAGGCCAUAGCUGUUGCCAGGCUCUGCGUACAAUUGGUGGACAUUGCUGGCCUAACAUGAUUGAUACGCUCGGGUUUACCACUGAAGAGGGCCAAAUACUUGAAGGCUACUGCGAUAAAGCUGCCGAUUCCAAAGAUCCAUAUGCACCAUCUGUGAUUAAUGUUGUUCCAAAGCAACCUUUGCUUCCUUGA